CCGGGCACCUGCGGAGGGGGGGCCGGAGAGCCGCCCCUUUACCGCGGCCCGUGCCGAGGGGACCCCUCGCGGCGGCGGGCUCCUCCCUGGCCGCUCCCGUGGGGCGGGAUGGCACCCGCCGGAGGGUCUCGCCUCCGCCGCGCCGGGGCCUGGGGAGCAGGGGGGAGUCGGACCCGGCGUGCCCAGCCCGCUGUUGGUGCCGGCGCCCUGCGAGAGCGGGUCGGCCCUGCUGCGGUGGGGUUCAGCCUCCGGAGCUCGCAACGGGACCAGCGGUGUCAAGGCUGUGUCACGGGUGCUGACCUGAGCCCUGCUUCUGAGUCCUGCAGGCUCUGCAGCAGCCCGACAGAACCUAUUAGUCAUUUUUAAAAAGAGUCACUUGCUCACAGAGCAUUUCUAAGCAGAAAUUCUGCUGGGUGCUGGUGGCCUGUGCCAGGAGGGGCUUUGGUGGCAGUGACUGUCUUAAGCAUCCCUCAGGAAGGUUUGGAAAGGAACAAGGGUAUUGAACAGCUCACCUGCUCAUGGGGCAGGAUUUCCCCUAAGCCAUGGGCCCUGGGGACCUGUGCUGCAGUUCCUGUUUGUCUCUUCUGACAUUUGCAUUUUGGUCUUUGCUUUAGAAAUACUGGGUCACACACUGCUCCUCAAAUAGCCCAUCAGAUUAGCUCAGCUGGACUUGGUUUGAGGUGUUUCUGUGCAGGGAAGUGAAAUUUGUGAGCCUUUUGUGCAGAAAGUGCAGAAACUCACUUAAAGCAGAAGUUUCUGCUUUUGGCUUUGUGGUAAGCACUGUUUGAAAGAGCUGCAAAAAGAGCAGAAUCAAGGUUGAACAGGGCCCCCCGAGGUUAAGGCAGAAAGCAGGGUUUGGCCUGGAAGGAGCAGGAGUGCUGAUCUGAGCAGUGCCACACACUCCUGCUUCAGUGGGUUGGAGAUGUCAUCACUAAGCAGCACUACUCAUCCACACCCUUCCCAGGAAUGUUGGUAGCAGGUGUAAGCAAGCUCCUUGUCUUCUCAUCCCCGGCUGUUCCCUGCUGGCUCACUAUCCUAUGACUGAAACGCUGGAGGAAGGUGUUCCCUGGACAGUCCUGGAGACAGAGCAGAACCCACAAGAAACGGCUGUUUUGUACUAUUUCUGAACGCUUCUGCAGAUUGCCUUGGUACCCUGCCCCUCCGUCCCGCUGCAAUGAGUGGCAAGUCCUUGCUCCUGAAGGUCAUUCUCCUCGGAGAUGGUGGAGUUGGGAAGAGCUCCCUCAUGAAUCGCUACGUCACCAACAAGUUUGACUCGCAGGCGUUCCACACCAUUGGGGUGGAGUUCCUGAACCGGGACCUGGAGGUGGACGGGCGGUUUGUGACCCUCCAGAUCUGGGACACUGCGGGACAGGAGAGGUUCAAGAGCCUGCGGACGCCCUUUUACCGGGGAGCAGACUGCUGCCUGCUGACCUUCAGCGUGGAUGACAGGCAGAGCUUUGAGAACCUCAGUAACUGGCAGAAGGAGUUUAUCUAUUAUGCUGAUGUGAAGGACCCUGAGCACUUCCCAUUUGUAGUCCUGGGCAACAAGAUAGACAAACUGGAGAGACAGGUGAGCACAGAGGAGGCCCGGGCGUGGUGCAUGGAAAACGGUAACUACCCGUACCUGGAGACUAGUGCCAAGGAUGACACCAAUGUGACCGUGGCCUUUGAGGAAGCCGUGCGACAGGUGCUGGCGGUGGAGGAGCAGCUGGAGCACUGCAUGCUGGGCCACACCAUUGACCUGAACUCCAGCUCCAAAUCGGGCUCGUCCUGUUGCUGAGAGUGGCUGCUGCUUUGGGAGCGGCGCUCGAGCCGGAUCAAACACACCUGGGCAGCCCUGGGCCACUCUGAGGAGAGUGGCCACAAGGACAAGAGGUGGUUUGCUCACUGGGGAGCUGCAGCCUCACCAUCUGAAUCCUGCCUGGAGUUCUCAGGCACAGAGCAUGUAUCUGCAGGAGGGAGCUGUUUACAGAGCAUGUGAGCAUAUUCUUGCUUCCAUCUCUGCCUGUUUUAGCAGGUUUAAAGGGCUGAGGUAAAGCCCUUUAAAUUCCCUGAAGACAGUAGGGAUUUGUUCUUUACCAAGAACUGCCUGCAGAGCAAAGCUGAGAGCAUCCUAGACACUGAAGUAUUUUAGUCCUAAAAUUAAAAAAAAGUAUUAGACCCACUCAUGACCAUACUGCCAAAGGAAAUCCCACUCAACAUACUGAACAAAACCUGUCAUAAAGACUCUGGCCCAUGUGAGAAAGCCAAAUACUGGAGUGGCUGGGAUGUGUGUCUGUUGUUUGGGAUAAGUGUGUUGUGUCCUGAGGCUGAAUUGUGAUGAGAAUUGUUAGAGCUCUGACCUGAAGCCACAUAUGAAGGAGAGAUGGGCCUGUGUUUGAAUGUGACAGUAUUGUUUCUUCAUAGCUGCCUGUUUCUGGUCUGUUUUUCCUCACCUCUAACUUUGUCUUGUGUGAGUGUUAUUUUUUGGAGAGACUGUCUGCUUGUUGUUUAAUACAUGUUUCCUUGUCUCUUGUGGAAGCUCAGCCUUGAAGCCCUGGGUGAAAACACUGAUGUGGCUGCUCACUGGGUCACGUCAAAGGGUUACUCAGGAGAUCUGGAGUGUGACACUUCAGCUGGUUUCUGUCACAAAUAAUCACUGUGUUCAGGUGAUGUGCUCUAGCAGACCAGAUGGCAGGUGGGUGGGCUGUCUCCUAGGUGUGCAGGUGGCUGGGGGCCUCAUGCAUGGUCAGCUGUUAAACCCACCAGUGCCCCCUGUGCCUCAUUAGCUGGCACAGCCACGCCUUCAGUUGCUCCAGCGUGGAUGUUCCCAAGUGAAUGCUGCAGCAUGGAGCCAUCCACCUGCUGUGUCAGGCACAUCCAGCUGUGUCAGGCACGGUGCUGCAGGCACAGUUAGCCCCUGCCAUGGCCUGGCCCUCCAUCUCAUAGGAAAUCCAGGAUGCUUUAUCUGUAAUUCCUGUGACAGACUGCUCAAGUGUCUGCUGGAACUGACUGCUGUGUUCAGCCCAGUGGGGAGAAAGCUGCACUGCUUUCUCUGUUCAAGGUGGCUGAAAAAUGGGCAUGGGGGCCCAAGGAGCCUUCUAGAAGGGAUGCCACGCUUUGCUCCCACCUCCUGCCCUCUGCUAGGUGUUAGUCCCAGGCUGGCUGUGUGCAGAGAUGAGCUUGCUGACUGCUGUCUUUGCCAUUCAAACCUCGUGCCCUGCAACCUCCCGUGCAAGCAUUUGGCCAAAGCUGUGGCUGCCCGCAGGCACGUAGGAGCCUGCCCCGAGCACGUAUCCACUGGCUGCCGGGUGAUCCCCGCUGUGAUCAGCUGCUGGAUGGUAAAUUUUAGAGCUCAAAUCAAGCAACCCUCCCUUAAGCUGUGCUUUAGAGCAGGGCAGUCUCUGCCCUGUGCUGGCAGCUUGUCCCCAUCAAGGCACAGUCUCUGAGCAUGCAGAGCAUGAGCAUUUUCCCCCAUUUCUUCUGGGGUAACCCACGGAGGUCUUGCCCUUGUCUGCAGGGCAAGCGCGUGUGGAAGGGACUGGAGUAUUAAUGCUUUAGGGGGGUCUAAUUUCUAAACAGGCCUGAACACUUGUAUUCAUGGGGAGUGAAUGCUAUUUAGGCAGCUCCCUGAAGGAGAAGGUUCUGCCUCUCUAGGUGAAAUUAUUACAGGAUAUUAUUGUUACUGUUUAUUUAACUGUGUCUGACCUGCUGAGGCCUCUGGAUUUUUCUUCAUUAGCACUGCUUGAUAUUUCCUCCAAGGUCCCAGGCUCUGUGACCUGUGGUUCCAGUUUCCAUCCCUGAACAGGCUCAUUCCCUGGAGCUGGUUUGUGCAGGGGCUCAGGGUGAGAACAGACUCAAGUCCCUGUAUGCCGGCCCCCCGGCAGGGGGGCUGCUGAGGGAGCUCCCUGCAGGUGAAACUGCCACUUUCCCAUGGAUCUCCUGGGAUCUGUGUGAGGACUGGCACCUCCUACGGAAGAGGGCAGAGAUUCGGCAUGCCACAGUGCAGGAGGCUCAUGUGCAGCUGUUUGUAGCACCCUUGUGGAUAAAGCUGAAGAGCCUUGUUGUGCAUGUGUUACACAGCACCUUUUAUUUCUAACAGACAUUGGACCAUUGACUUUUUUUAUAUUACCCCCCCCCACCAUUAUACUACGCUUACAUCUUCUGGUUUUUUUUUUUAAGGUAGAGUAUAAUAUAUUUCAGUUGUUUAAUUUAUUUUAAAUGAAACGCACAAUUCCCAAAGGAGCCAGGAUUUUGAACUCUGUUGCAAGGCCAGUGCCAACAGCCGUCCCUUCCCGUGUCCCCUUGUGCUGCUGCGGUUGUUGCUAUUGCUACAGAACUGGAAUUGUAAAACCAAGAUUCUACCUUUAUUUAAGCAAAUAAAACAUGGAUGUAUUCAAGUGA